AUGAAGUUGUCCAGCGCCAUCCCUUGGGUCUUGCUGCUCAGCACAGCCACACUGGUUUCAGCAGAAUCGGAUGAAGACACUAGGAAAUGCGGGGGCGUCCACAGAAGCCUCUCCGGGAGGAUCUCCAGCGCCUUCUCAUGGCAGCCAAAGUGCACCUGGACCAUCCAGUUGAAGAGCGGUUAUCAAAUUAUACUGACAAUUCCAUUUCUCAGACUCAACUGUAAUGAAGAGGAUGUGGAAAUCAUAGAUGGGCUGCCAGACAGUACUACAUUUGGGAAGUUCUGUUCAGGGGCACGCCUGGUAUUUCGUUCUUCUUCCAAUGUCAUGACCGUGAAGUACUACAGAAAUUCCAACCAGCCAGUAUCUUCUUUUGAUAUAUUUUACUACGGGCGUCCGUCAGGUAGGUGAGAUGGGCAGGGGUCUGCUGACACGCACGGCUCUGUGGCCACUUGGGCACGUGGCUGUCACGUGACUGCUGAAAUAAGGUGGAAUCUAAGCUCUGCGUGCCCGUCACUGGGUGAGCGAGAGUCAGCACGACCCAGUGAGUCUCUCCGGAGACAUCCACCCUCUCAUUCCCAGCAUUCUGCAUCUGAGAUACUGGAAUUUGAAAGGCCCAUAUGAAAAUUCUUUUCAAGUUUUACUCUUCCCUUUGAUUAUGUCCCAUAUUCCUCCCAAAUAGAACAUUUCUUUCUUGAUCUUAUUAUAUAACCUUAAGCAUUUCUAGCAUGUAUAUUUAAAAUGUG